ACCAAGAGAAUGUGUGUGUGGGUGCUGAGGGGUAGAAGUUGGGGGGCUGGAUCAACUGGACCAGUGGUGAGGGUGUUAGGACAGUGUCAGAUCAAAACUGGUAUUUGUAUACACUCCUCUUCCAUUUCUUUUUUCCUGCUGGUGUCUCUUCCCAUCUCUCUCCCCCUUCUCUCUUCAGCAGGUUGAGUUUUCCUCCCUCUCCUCCACUGUGUUUCAUUGGGGCUGGAAGGUGUGACUAUGAGAGCCAAUGUCUGGUGGUGUCACUGACCUGCAGCGCCACCUCCAGGCCAUGGAGCAAGAGAUGGGAGAUGGCGAGCAGCCGGACGAUCACCCACUGUACAAACUGCCUGAGCCUGGGCUGGACGGUGCUGUUCUCUGCAGCCCUGACUUCCAGCAGCCCCAGGAGCUGGAGCUCCAGGAGUCCCGAGGACACGCCCCCCCAGAAUGUACCAGCGCCCAACCUCAUGGAGCCCUGAGCAGCCUUGGGAGGCCCAGCCACUCUCUGCUGUGCGUGGAAGAGGAGAUCAAGAACCGGAAAAGACCCAGGCUCUCCAAUGGACCCCAGACCAGUCCCAGCCUUGUCUCUCACUUCCCUCGUGCGCUGAGCGGGCCACAGCCCCAGGGCCUGUCCCCCUUUGGACACGUCCUUCAGAGCAAUAGCCUGGAUCUCCACAGCAGAUGUCCCCAGGACGGGCUGCCACACACCAGGACUUUGGACAGUCCCAGAGCCGCGCAUUCUGGGGCCUCGGUGCUCUACAGGCCCAGCACAGAGCAGCUGGAGUCUCCAUCCCUGAAUUACGGACUCGAGGACGGCUGCCCAUGGAGCAGCCGAGCUCCCUCAGGAGGCAGCAGCAUUAGCAGCCGAGCGAGCAAGGUGACGGGUCUAUACGCUGAACUGGUUAAGGAGCUGGAGCUGCAGAUGUCCGAGCUGCGGAAUCUCCUCGCCUCUCGGGAAGAGGCCGCCAUGUGGCAGGAGAGGAGGAUCAAGGAGCUGGAGCUGGAGAAUCAGCAACUGAAGAGCCAGCUCCGGAACCUAGAGGAGCAGAACGACCUCCUCUCCAGCAGGAACGGGGCAGGGGCAGUGGCAGGCAGGACGGUGCUGGGGUCCGGAACCAGCGGUGUUGACAUCAACGAGAGCAACAUCCAGUUCCUGAAAGGCCUGGUGGGGCUGCUGGAGACCAACGCAGCAUUGCAGGCCAAUGGCCUCCAGCCAUUCACCUCUCCCACUGUGGGGGAGCAGAGGUGCACCCCAGCUGAAGUCCCAAAAAGCCCCCCGGUCUGGAGGAUGCGAGCUGGGGUCCCAAGCGGCUUCCCACCCUGGCUGAGCACAGAGGACGGCUCGGGGAGCCCCGUCACGCUCAGCGACGCCACCUGCUUAUGGGAGGAGAACAUACAAGACACGCUGCCCGAUGGCACCCCGGUGUGGGCGUCGCCCGUGGAGGAGAAUGGGAGGCCCAAGCUGGAGCUGAUCCCCAACUCGGGGGUCUACAUCACCCACCACCAGCUGGACGACCUCUCGCAGGUUUCUACUGACAAGCCCAAGCUGAUGACCAGGCGCCUGCUGGAUUACUUCUUCUCCCGGGAGACGCUCGCCAGGUCUUCGGCCACCGGCCAGCGCAUUGCCCACAACAACACGACCAUGGAGAAACCCAUCCGCCUGCCGGUCGCAGUGGUAAAUGCUAUCAAAGUUAAUCAGCCGCCCCCGCGCAGUUCCCAUGACGUAGGGAUUACCACCCAGUUUGGCAGCAAAGGAUUCAGACACAGAGGGUGAAGAGACCGCCGGGCUAAAUGCAAGAUCAGAUUGGAUGGGUGAUGCCGCAGGCCGCACAGCAAGUUAGUAGCACCUCUGGGAUGACAACCUGGGUCCCACAUGCUGCAGGGUCUUAGGGGUUUUGCAUGAUGGGAUCUGGCAGGAUUCACCUCAGUGGAUUCAUAAAAAGCCAGAACGACUCCGGUUUUUUGCUCCACUUCUCUGCCCUUCCCCCCCUCCUCCAGAGUACGUCACCAAAGUGUGCGGCAAGAGCUGCAACUUCAACGCCGUGAUCAACAGCAAGUGUGGCACCUCCCGGAGGGCGGUCAAGAAAAUGAUCAUCAAGAUGGAGUAGACGGCGCCUGGGCCGGGGCCUCCCAAACGUCCAACGGCGAACCGGCUCCGAAACCGCUCCUCAGAGGAUCCGUCGUCGCCCCCCACUCCAACAGACGCUGGGGUGCUGGCGGCCCAGGUCCCCUCCCACACAGCUGCUCUGGGGGUGAGCGCAGUGGAGAGAACGCGCCCCUCCUGGCGGACGUUACGGGGGCAGCAGUGGCCAUCCUGGGACAGUCAGUCCUAGCACGCAGACCUCGGUGCGUGCAUUCCUGGGGAGGGGUGACUUACGCCUUCGAAUGAAGAGUCUGGGAUCUGCCGCGCCUGGGGGAGAAGCGAGCUGGCGGGCGCGCUCUGCCGCCAUAGCUCUGACCUUCCGUUCUAACGAGUCCUUGAUCCCACCGGGGAUGCUGCACUCACCCAUGGGAAAGCUCUGGCCUCUUUCAAAACUUGUCAGCUCCAUUCUGGAAUCCCGGCGCCGCGACGCUGACCAUGAACGCUGCAGCUCUCUUCCCCCCGCCUCCGGGCAAGCGCUUCUCCCAGCGCAUCAGACUGGAAGAGGGACAGUGCCGGCAGUGGAACGGAGCCCAGGCUGCAGUCACAGCACUGGACUCUCUGGCCAGAGCAGGGGAACUUCUGCUUUGAAACGGUUCUUACCAGACUGUUUACCGGCCGGGCUGUAGAUAAACCCAGAGCCUUAAGUCUUUGGAGUGACGGGGUGGGAUUCAGUCUCCCUCCCAUCCAGCAAGGUCUGCUCUCAUGCGGAGACUCACGGCGUGGCUCAACUGGCAAUUUCUCUGCUCGCUGUAGGUGUAAGAAUUUAACUGGGGGCAGAACAUUUGUUUCCCCCUGUAAAGGAAGUUCCCAUAAAUACUCUAUUUCUUGUAAAUAAAAUAAUCUUUCCUCUCCUCCCAACUUCCCUAAUAAAGGCUGGAAUGGAACCGUG